ACAAAAUUACUUUUGUAUGUUAAACAGAUUUCAUUUUUCCUUGCCUUAAAAGAAUCAAUUGUAUUUUCAUAUUAAUAUCGAUGGAGCCUGAGAACAUAAAUGUUACAUUCAAGCAUCUGCUCAAUAUAUCUCUGGGAGACGCCAAGCUGGACAAGGCCAAUUUGAGUAUACUGCAAAGCGUUUUAUUACUUCUCCUGCACAAACUGGAUUGUCAACAUGAAAAAGUUCGCUUGUCGGGAGUUGACUUUGACAGCCUUAAGAAAAUUUUAGUUAAUUCUCGAAACCCACCACUACCAAUAACAGUGAACCAUGAAAAUAGCUUUCAAAAAUACUAUCAACUAUUAGAUCGCUUAAAUAUACAAACCAAAAAUUUACAACAACAAUUGGAAAAUCAUUUUUCCGAAAUCAAAAAGCAAUGUGCCACUGAUGCAUUUCGAUCCAAAUGUUGGGAUUUGUAUGCCGCACCAACAGAAGAUUUGUGCACCCUUUACAGUGAGUAUAAUAAGGCGUUUUGUACUAUGGCCCAAAAUCCUACCUUCAAUGGGGAAAUGCGUCGUCGCAUGACGCAACCUGUGCUGAAACGCAUGCAACAUUUUGAGUCCCAAAUAGAAGCAAUGCGAGAGAAACUCCGGCUUCUGAAUGGGGUACAGCCACAAACCGGCGACCAGUUAAAACUAUUGCCAUCCAUAAUAGGAGAAAUCGAAACCAAACGCUUGGAGAUCGAUGGACAAUGGUCAAUGGUGCGAGAGGCCAUGCAGGAGACUCAAGAAAUGUUAAAUUGCAAAUUGGAUCGCAUUACACUGCCGGCAUUGCGUAAGGAUUUAGAAAAUCGAUUCGCAGCUGUGGACAGCUACAUAGCGUUGAUGAAGAAACAACCCUGUCACUGUCCAAAUGUGAGAAUACUGGAUGUGGGCAAAAAAGGUUUUUGCAUUUCAUGCGGCAGGAAUGAUUUCCGUCACUCUCGCGCUGCAUUGGAUUUGAAAUUUGCAAGCAAAAUCAAAUGUCAAUGUGCUUUGGUCAAGAAAGCACCCACCAUAUUAGAGAGAAUGGACAAAAUUAAAGUAAAAACAUAUAAAUUAGUUGCAUCCUCAAGGAUAUCAUAUAAUGGUACUGUAUCAAGCGCCUUUACCCAACAACUACGUGACAAAGGCCAUUAUGUUCACAGCUAAAACGAAAAACUACUGCAAGGCUCGAUGGAUUUAAAACCCUUGAUUACCGUGGUUGAAAAUGAAGAAGUGCAACGCAUUAUUCCUAAUAAAUCCACUAUUUCAAUAACUUUCAAGAAAUGAAUAACCAAAUAUCAUUCGAAAUUUGCCAGAGAAA